CGGAACUAAAAAUAUAUAUAGUGGACACGAAACCCAAGAUUUAAUUUAGUCGAUGCACAGUUGUCAGAACAAUACCUGUUGAUUGAAAUGCAAUUUAUAAAAAUAUCCCUCCUCCUCUUCACCGUUGUGGCGAUGGCCACAUGCGACGAAGAGGAAUGCGAAUGUUGGGACGACUGGAGCGUCGAGCACGACGACCAGGGACACAGGUGUGUCGGACCACAGGACCAGGUAUUCCAGUGCAAUGAGGAAAAACCACCUCUUUGCGUGUGCAAGGACAAAGAGAGCGGCGAAGAGGAGACUCUGGAUUUGGGUGCCUUAAAUUGCGAUGAUAUAAAAUAUGAGAGCUUGUUCUGCGGUCCGGCUGAAGAGUGGGAUGAUUACCUUGGAAGGAAUCCACAGUACAGGAUACAAGUCGACCCGGUUCCUCCAUCUGAGGACUAGAUGUUGUCCACCUUCUCCUACCUGUCUAUUGUCCGAGUGUAUUAUUAAUUGUUAAUCAUUGAGUUUUAUUAAAGUAUAUAAGAAAAUGA